UGCUGCUGCUGUCGUCGCCGGCGGUGACGGUGGUGCGGGCGCGGGUGACGGCGCUGAUCGUGUUCGGCGACUCGACGGUGGACGCGGGGAACAACAACGCCGUGCCCACGGCGGUGCGGAGCAACUUCCCGCCCUACGGCCGGGACUUCCCGGGCGGCCGCGCCACGGGCCGGUUCUGCAACGGCCGCGUCGCCACCGACUUCUACUCCGAGGCGUUCGGGCUCCGGCCCUUCGUUCCGGCCUACCUCGACCCGGACUACGGCAUCCAGGACUUCGCCGUCGGCGUCUGCUUCGCGUCCGCCGGCUCCGGCCUCGACGUCGCCACCGCCGGCGUCUUCUCAGUGAUACCAUUGUCGAAGCAAGUGGACUAUUUCAGAGACUACAAAGCCCGGCUUGCGGAGCACCUCGGCGCGGCGGAGGCUAGGGCGGUGGUCGCCGACGCCGUCUACGCCAUCAGCAUCGGCACCAACGACUUCAUCGAGAACUACUUCGCCCUCACGACGGCCCGCUUCCUGGAGUUCACCGUCGGCGACUACACCGACUUCCUCAUCGGCCUCGCCCGGAGCUUCCUGGUGGAGCUCUACGGCCUCGGCGCGCGCAAGAUCGGCUUCACAGGGCUCGGGGCCAUGGGCUGCCUCCCCAUCGAGCGGGGACGCCGGGUCAUGCUCUGCAUCGAGGAGUACAAUGUCGUUGCGAGGUCGUUCAAUGCCAAGCUCCGAGCCAUGGUCGACGAGCUCACCGGCAGCCUUCCCGGCGCGCAGUUCCGGGUCGCCGAGGUGUACGAUUUCUUCACCGGCAUCCUGCAGAACCCGUCGAGCUACGGAUUCGUGAAGGCGGCCAGGGGUUGUUGUGGCACGGGGUUGUAUGAGAUGGGGUACACAUGCAGCGAGUGGGACGCGCUCACGUGCGCCGACGCAAACCGAUACGUCUUCUGGGACGCCGUGCACCCGACGGAGCGGGCCAACAAGAUCAUCGCCGAGUACCUCAUGAACACAACCUUCAGCCAUUUCUUGUGAUCAUUUCUUCUUCUUAUAUACUCUAAGAUAAGGAAAAGUAGGAAAUGAACGUCCCUGCUUGAUUCGCAUGCUACUUUAUAUUGAUUUGUGUGGUUAAUUGUAUGCAUCUUGGUAUGCGGAGACCAGAAGCAAUUAAAGCUUCCAUUUAAAAGAAAUCCAGGCUUGAAACUGAGCAAGUCACACAAGCUUUCCGCAUAGAAA